GCCAUUUCCCUUCCGGGUCGCCCGCCGCCAUUUUGUGGCGCUAAGUCGGCGCGCGCGGGCGGUGCCCUUCUCAUUCCCUGGCAGCUGCCGUUGCCCGCGCUUUGCUCUUUCCUCGCUCUGGCCCCACCCUCGCCUCAGAGGUGGGUGCACGCUCCUCCUCUCCGCCGAGGAUUCUUCACCUCGCGUCGCUCUCCCUUAUGCCCUGUAGCUCCCCGCCUUUCUGGACUGCGCUGGGCCGCCGCUCGGGCGCUCCCCCCGCGGUGUGAGGCGUUCGCCGCCCGUCAGGGCCGCGCCGCCUGACUCUUUCCCCGCUUGCCGCGGGUUUCUUUCUCCUCAUCCGCCGCCGCCCCUCGCGGGGCUGUUGUCCGCCAUGAGCUACGGGCGCCCUCCGCCAGACGUGGAGGGCAUGACGUCCCUCAAGGUGGACAACCUGACCUACCGCACCUCCCCGGACACGCUCCGGAGGGUUUUCGAGAAGUACGGGCGGGUAGGAGACGUCUAUAUCCCCCGCGACCGUUACACGAAGGAGAGCCGGGGUUUCGCUUUCGUCCGUUUCCACGACAAACGCGACGCCGAGGACGCGAUGGACGCGAUGGACGGGGCCGUGCUGGACGGGCGCGAGCUGCGGGUGCAGAUGGCGCGGUACGGCCGCCCCCCCGACUCGCACCACAGCCGCCGCGGGCCGCCCCCGCGCCGCUACGGGAGCAGCGGCUACGGCCGCCGCAGCCGCAGCCCGAGGAGACGCCGUCGCAGCCGAUCUAGAAGCAGGAGCCGCUCUAGAUCCCGCAGUCGGUCCCGCUACAGUCGUUCCAAAUCCCGGUCUCGCACACGCUCCCGGUCUCGCUCCACCUCCAAGUCCAGGUCUGCCAGGAGAUCCAAGUCGAAGUCCUCAUCUGUGUCCAGGUCCCGGUCCAGGUCGAGAUCCCGCUCCAGAUCUAGAAGCCCUCCCCCUGCGUCAAAGAGGGAAUCCAACUCUAGAUCCAGGUCUAAGAGCCCUCCUAAGUCUCCAGAAGAAGAAGGAGCGGUGUCCUCCUAGGAACAUGGUAACGUACCUCGGGUCAGGCGCGUGUUGCAUGAUACUUUAUGAUAGCACUUAGGUGGGGUGUUGGGUAGUUCUUGGAGUAUUAAUAGCCUGAACCAAGUGAAUCCUAACGGGGCGUAUUGUUAGCUUUGUGCUUGUUUGUUUUUUUUUUUCUUGAGUAGUGCUUUUUUGUUACUGGUUUAAGGAAAUUAAUACCAAAGGGAUUUCUACGGAGAGUUUUUUUUACAGAGAAAAUGUUUUAUUGACAGAUUAAUGGCUUGGUUUUAAUAAAAUAUUGUAUGAGACGCAACCUAUGAUGAAAAUGACUAUUUCUUACUGUAUUUAUCCAACAUCUGCAUUUUCCCCUUUAAAGCUGCGGUCUCCUGUUUGCUAAAAGAAUAUUGGCCAGUAUUGCAGAUUUUAGCUGAUUUGGCUGAUCCUCCAGGGACCAGUUUCUGUGGGCGUGUAUUGGAGCAGGUUUGUCUUUAAAUGUUAAAGAUGCACUAUCCUUUGAUAAUGGAAGAUCGGUUCAGUGGCCGUUGUACUGACUGGAGGUAAUUGCUGUUGUAGAAAAGUAACAAAUGCCUUGCAAUGAGAAAACCACAGAAACUAGUUUUUCCUCAAGUCCACACCUUGAAGAGGCACCUAAGGAUACACCGGGCGGGGAAAGGAUAGUGUGUCUUUAACCCUUCAAACUGUUCGGUCCUGUUUUUAAAAGGAAAGGGCCUGCGCUAGAUCCAAGUUAGAUAACAGUAGUGAAAUUAGUCACACUUUGUGUUCGAAUGCCAAUUAGUUUAGUUAAGUCUUUGAGAAGUAUAUAGUUCUGUAAUUUUUACAUAACAUUUAAUAAUUUAUUGUCAGGCUGAAUCGAAGUUAACCGUGGCUCAGUCCACAGCCUGAUGCUUAUUGCUCUUUGUAACUAAUACUUUGGCAGGAGAAGUAAAGUGACAUGUGGGGGGGAGGUGGAACACUAUGGAAAUUCCUAAAAGUUAAUUAAAUUAGGCAAAGCCAGUUGAAGCACAACUAGAAUUAUACCUGAACUCAUCCACACAAUGGAAAGAGGCAAGGUAGAAGCCUGUCUGAACUUUUCUUUCUUCAAACCUAGAUGCAUCAGAUAAAUGAGAAUCCACAUAAAGGACGCCUUUGGGGGGAAAGAUCGCUUGAGUCUGCAGCCCAUUGGAGAGACUUCUGGCAGAGCAACCAGCUGUUGAAAAGGUUAUUUUGUAACAUUUUGUCUAACUUUUUACUUGUUUAAAUUGAGCCUCAAGUGGCAGAUUUUACAUUUUAUGUGCCAUUUUGUUGCUGUUAUUCAAAUUUCUUGUAAUUUAGUGAAGUGAACGACUACAGAUUUCAUUAUUGGCUUGGAUAUUUGAGGUAAAACUUCAUUUUGUUUAUAUAGUGCUGACUUUUAUUUGAAAUUAAAACGGAUGGUAACUUGCUGCCGCCAGUUUCGUACUGAGGAAAUGUGCAGCCCUUACAUACGGAGUAGUUAAGUCUGUCAAAAAGUAUUCUCAAUCUUGUCUUCAUUCCAUAAUAAAAUCCUGCAAAAGUUCAAUUUGAAACUUAACUGUAAAUGCUUUUUUUUUUUUCACUUUGAAUUCAAAUAGUAUCUUCAAAUUGGUAGAAGUCUUUUCAGGUGACAGUUUGAUAUUUGAAAGGAUUGCUUUAUCAGACUCAAUUCUAAUCUCUUCUCUUAUGUAUUUUUGUGCACUAGGCGCAGUUGUGUAGCAGUUGAGUAAUGCUGGUUAGCUGUUAAGGUGGCGUGUUGCAGUGCAGAGUGCUUGGCUGUUUCCUGUUUUCUCCUGAUUGCUCCUGUGUAACGAUGCCUUGUCGUGCAGAAACAAAUGGCUGUCCCGUUAAUUAAAAUGCCUGACAACUGCACUUCCAGUCACCCGGGCCUUGCGUAAAAAUAAUGGAGCAUACAGUGAGCACAUCUAGCUGAUGAUAUACACACCUUAUUUUUUCCAGAAUGGUAAAACUUACCAACCUGCAUUUAUGAACUUACAUAUGAAAAAAUUGUAACAUUAAGAAAAGAAAUGGUUCAUUCCUUUGUGAGUACUGAUUGGUGUAUCUUUUGCUUAAGACAUUCUGUACUAUACCCACUGUCUCUGUAGUUAAUAUUAAAAGUUUUUCUGUGUUAACUUUUCUCAA